CGAACAUAUAUAUUGCACCCAUACGUAUACCGUGAUCGGUCGGACUUGAUAUUUAAAACUAGUUUGACAAUGAUCAAUCUGCUGAAACUCCGAGCAGCUUUUCGUACGAGUCAUCCUCGACUUUCUUCCCAAUACCGCUUCAUGACAUCCGUCAGUGGAACUUUGGUCCAGAGUAAGGGAUCCACCAAUGGUGAUCGCUCCAGCCUCAUCCCCUUCUCCUCGCGACUUCAUGGGGGACGCGCCCUAGCACAAGACGUCUGGUCGAUCUACAACGUGGCCAACCUCCCCGCAGACUGUAUCAAUCUUGGGCAAGGGUAUAUGAACUUCCCGCCCCCAAAAUGGGUCACAGAUGCUGCAGAUGAAGCUCUUAAAUCACUUUUGCCAAACCACUACUCGCAUCCGAAGGGGCGCAUUCGUCUGCGGAAUGCCAUCAAAAACUUCUAUCAGAAGUCCUUCAAUAGAGAUCUCGACGUCGAGACAGAGAUUCUUGUAACAAGCGGAGCAAAUCAAGGACAGUACUCCGUUUUCACCGCCUUCCUUGAGCACGGAGACGAAGUGAUCAUGUUCGAGCCCUUCUUCGACCAAUAUUUACCAUCCGUCACCUUCAAUGGUGGAACGCCUGUCUACGUCCCCCUCCAUCCUCACACGGACAUUACGACUCCAAAUAAUAGUAACUGGAAAAUCGACUUCGAUGAAUUGCGUCGUGCUAUCACUCCAAAAGCAAAAAUGAUCAUCAUCAAUACCCCGCAUAACCCCGUCGGUAAAGUCUUCACGAGAGAAGAGUUAGAGCAAAUAGCUGUUCUCGCAGAAGAAUUUAAUCUUCUAGUGAUGGCAGAUGAAGUGUACGACUGCCUCGUCUUUGACGGAAAGGAGCACGUCCGCUUUGCCACACUACCGGGCAUGUGGGACCGCACAGUAACUGUGUUGUCUGCUGGCAAGGCAUUCGCUGCCACAGGUUGGCGUGUAGGCUGGCUCAUUGGUCCGCCGUCAAUCAUCGGCCCCACCCUUGCUGCCUGCACGCGAAUCGUGUUCUGUUCAAACUCUCCGCUACAGGAGGCUGCAGCUGCUGGACUCGAGCAAGCCGUAGAACGUCAUUUCUUCGAGAAUCAACUCAAGGAAUAUCAGGAGCGACGUGAUGUACUUCUUAGCGCGUUCGACAGGCUUGGUAUGAAAUACAGUCAUCCCGAAGGAAGCUACUUCGUGCUUCUGGACAUCUCACGCGUCAAUUUUCCUGAAGACUACCCCUUCCCAGCAUCGGUUCAGGGGCGAGGACGCGAUUUCAAGGCGUGUUGGUUCAUCGCACUUGAAAUUGGUGUAUCAUCCAUCCCUGUCAGCGAGUUCUAUUGUGAGGAGCAUUGCACCAUCGGCGAGAACUUCGCGCGCUUCGCAUUCUGCAAGGACGAGGAGACACUCAGGAAGGCUGGGGAGCGCUUGCAAGGUUUGGCGAAGUAUCUUGUGUAGAGUCUAGACAUGUGGAUGUAAAUAUUUAUCGGUGCCCAUGGAGAUGUAAGCCUGGUGUAGUAUUUUAUCAUGUACAUAGCUAUAGAAGGGAUU